UUUAUUAAAUGGGAGAUAAGAGGAUUGACAAAUACUAAUUCAAUACCAAUAAUAAGAUUGGAGAAGGUUCUUAUGCCACUGUUUUUAAAGGUAUCAAUGAAAAAACUGGAGAGAAAGUAGCUAUUAAGAUGCUCAAUAAAUCUGUCAUCAAUGCGUAUAAUAAUAAUCCUAUUUAUACUUAAGAGAUGAUUACUUAAGAGAUGGUUUAAUAUAGGAAAUCAAAAUAAUGGGAAAAUUGAAAAGUCCAAACAUUGUUUAACUUUUAGAUGUAAUGGAAACUUCAAAUAAUUAUUAUAUUGUCCAAGAAUAUUGUGAUGGAGGUGAUUUUGAUGAGUAUUUAUUUCUAUUUAUAAAAGAUUUCUUAAAAAGAAGAAAAAUUUGAGUGAAAAAGAAGCUAUUAAAUUUUUAGUUGAUAUAUUGACAGGUUUCACUUAACUUAUAAAAAAUGGAAUAAUUCAUAGAGAUUUGAAACCUGCAAAUAUUUUAUUAGAUAAAACAGUAUUAAAUAAAUAGUAAUUAAUUUGAUUAGACUUACAAAUUAGCAGAUUUUGGUUUUGCUAAAUGUGUAGAUAAUUUCAAAAAAGACAUGAUGUCUUCAAUGGUUGGUACUCCAUUAUAUAUGAGUCCAUAAAUCUUAGAUCAUAAAAAAUAUAAUUCUAAAACAGAUGUAUGGAGUAUAGGAUUCAUAUUUUAUGAAGCCCUUUUUGGAAAAAGUAUAAAAUGUUGUUAAUGUAUAAGCUCCAUGGACAGCUAGAUCUCCUCCAGAAUUAUUAAAGAAUAUCAGAACUUAACCAUUAAAGUUCCCAACUGAGAAAGUACAAAUCUCCCAAGAAACAUAAGAUUUAAUAAUUGGAUGUCUUUAAGCUGAUGAAUCUAAAAGAUUAUCUUGGGAACAAAUAUAUAAACAUCCUGCUGUCUCAUAAUACUUUUAAGACAUAGUUAAAGGAAAUUUAAAAUUAGAAGAUAAAGCUUAAUACUUAAUUAAUGAUAUUAGAUUAAUGAUAAUUAAAGAUAAAUUAGAUAUUAGUCAAUUAUUUGCAGAAUUAGAUAUGUCUAAAGAUAAAGCACUCGAUGUAAAUGAAUUAGGAAGAUUCUUAACUAGAGUUGAUAAAGAUAUUUAAAGAGAAGAAAUCGAAUAUAUUUUUAAUAAAUUUGAUGAAGAUGGUAGUAAUUCAAUUGAUUUUGAAGAAUUCAAAAAAUGGAUGGAAGAUAAUUCUGUAUCAAAUUAAAAUAUACUUAGAUUUAAGUCAAAUAAGAAAAAUAAAUAAGAGAUAGAUAAAAGAAAUAAUCUAUUUUAGGUAAGAAUACUGUAGAAGAAAGAGCAAAUUAUGUGAUAGAAAAACUUAAACUAUCAAUUAUCAAAUAUAAUAUUUAACUUAUUGAUUUAUUUAAGAAAGUAUGUAUCUUUAUAUAUUUAGUUUGAUAAAUCUGCUGAUUUAAGAUUAGAUCUUAAAGAAAUGGCUUAAAUGUUAAAAAGAAUUGAACCAAGUAUUAAUGAAGAUGAAACUCGAGCAGUCUUUGAUUUCUUUGAUAUUAAUAAAGAUGGUGAAAUUACAUUCUAAGAGUUCUAAACUAAUUUGUAGGAAUGCAUAGUUCAUAAAAAAUGAAUGAUUUUUAAUAUAUAAACUUAUUUAAAAUAUA